AUGCGCCUCCAGAGAGAGGUGAAGAUGAUCCAGGGCAUACAAAGCAUGGCCCCGGCCCACGGUACCGAUCGCGGCGCAGCGGAGCGGAGCGUGCUCGCCGGCUUCGGGGAGGAAGACGUCCAGGUGACGCGAGUGGAAACCGAGGAGAGGGCAGGUAACGCGGAGGCCGGCAUGGAAGUCCGCCUCGGCCCAUCCACCUCCUUUCACGAGGCCGGGAAAGACUUGACAAGACGAUUGACGCUAAACAAGAAGCAGGCGAUUGCCUUCUCCAUAAUAUGCCGCCACCUGGACUCGAUGCGGCAAGGAGACGGAGGCGACGUCAGCCAGCUCUGUCAGUUCGUCGGCGGCGAGGGCGGCACCGGCAAGUCGCGCGUCAUCGAAGCACUCGCGGAGCGGUUCGUCAACGGCCAGUCUCGGAUGGACUGGCAGGAUAAGGACAUGCUCGUCAUCGACGAGGUGAGCAUGCUCGGCGCGCGGACGCUGCACGCCGUCAACGAGCGGAUCUGCCAGCUGCGGGGAUCGCAGCGGGACUUCGGCGGGAUCCCCAUCGUCCUCUUCUGCGGGGACUUCCACCAGUUCCGCCCGGUCCAGGAGAGGUCGAUCCUGCUGCCGAGCGCGGCCGUCUCGUGGGACGAGGACAACUCGUUCAGGGCCGAGCAGCGCCACCAGCACGACAAGGCGCACGCGCUGUGGAGGCGGUUCACGACGGCCGUCAUGCUGGACGAGCAGAUGCGCGCCGCCGGCGACCCGGAGCUGCAGCGGCUGCUGAAGCGGAUCCGCGGGGGCGUGCAGGACCACACGGACCUGGAUCUCCUCAACUCGAGGUGCCACCGGGAAGGCAGGCGGAUCCCGUGGGAGACGGGCAUCACCGUGGUGACGCCGCUCAACAGGAAUCGGUGGAACCUCAACAUGGAGGCGAGCCUGGCGUUCCAGAUCCAGCAGCGGUCGACGCGCGAUCCCGGUGCCGGCCGUCUUCAUGUUCGUGCCGGGAUGCCGGUCGUCGUGAACCACAACACCCACCAGGGGCUGAAGCUGGUGAACGGUGCUAGCUACACGGCGGUGGAGGUCAUCGUCGACAAGGCGCACCCGGGCAUCGGAUCUCGGCCGACAUGA